AUGGCACCUUCCUUCUUCUCGAGGCCCAAGGGCUCAACGUCCUCAUUCGAUCAGUUCACCCCGCCGGAAUUGUCGACCGACGCAUCAACUCCAACAAAGGCAAAACCCGGCGAUGGCGGCGAUGGCAGCGAGACCAAUAUUGGGGCACGCUCCAGUGCAGACGUCGGCCGCAUCGAACAUGCUCGCGAAAACAAACGUCAAAUCGGCGUACUGUCGGCGACCAUGCUGAUUGUCAACCGUGUUAUCGGGACGGGCAUCUUCGCGACACCCGGUACCAUCCUCGCGCUGUCUGGCAGUGUUGGCUUGUCCCUGUUUAUCUGGGUGGCCGGCAUGCUCAUUGCCGCAGCAGGCACGGCCGUGUAUAUAGAAUUUGGCACGGCCAUUCCCAGGAACGGCGGCGAGAAAAACUACCUUGAGUUUGUGUACCGGCGCCCACGUUUUCUUGUCACGGGCUGCUAUACAGGCUAUGUGAUGCUUCUUGGCUGGGCCAGCGGCAACUCUGUUAUUUUCGGCGAAUACAUCCUCAACGCCGCACAGGUCGAGCCGACACGGUGGAACCAACGCGGUGUUGGUUUGGCAUGCAUCACCAGCGCGUUUCUCAUUCACGGCCUUGCACUCAAAUGGGGUCUUCGCCUCCAGAACUUCCUCGGCGCCAUCAAGCUUAUCAUCAUCCUCAUCAUUGUCGUCGGUGGAUGGGUUGCUCUAGCCGGACAUAUCAAGCUGCCCGAGGACGAGAAACCACACAACUUCCGCAAUGCUUUUGACGGGACGACAGGCAGUGCCUACGGCGUUGUCACCGCCUUGUACAAUGUCAUCUGGAGCUACAUUGGCUACAGCAACGCCAAUUACGCCCUCAGCGAGACGAAGAAUCCGGUCCGAACUCUCCGCAUUGCUGCACCGCUGGCCAUUGGAGUCAUCUCUGUGCUGUACAUGCUCGUGAAUGUGGCCUACUUUGCUUCAGUGUCCAAGGAGGAAAUCAUCUCGUCGGGUCAACUGGUGGCUGCAUCCAUGUUCAAGAAUGUAUUUGGUGGCGCAGCAGAGCGGGCCCUGUCUGUCUUUGUCGCACUGUCGGCAUUUGGCAACGUUCUCAGCGUCAUCUUUUCGCAAGGCCGGCUGGUGCAAGAGCUGGGAAUCGAGGGUAUCCUCCCAUUCUCGCGGUUCUGGGCUAGCAACAAGCCCUUCAACGCACCACUGGCUGGACUCUUUGAGCACUGGGCUGUAUCCGUCAUUAUUAUGCUGGCCCCACCACCUGGAGAUGCAUACAACUUUAUUUUGAACCUUAUUUCUUAUCCACUUGCCAUUGUCAAUGCCUUUGUCGCUGCUGGUCUUCUGUUUCUCUACAAGAACCGGCAGUCGUGGAAUUGGCACCCACCCAUAUCGGCAACGUGGCCCGUGGUUCUCUUCUUCUUCCUCAGCAACAUCUAUCUUGUUGUCGCUCCUUUUGUCCCUCCCUCCGAGGGACAAAACGUCUACAACAAUCUCCCUUACUGGAUCCACUGCGUGGUCGGCUUUGGUUUGAUUAUUGCUGGCGGAAUCUACUGGGUCAUCUGGGCCAAGAUUCUCCCCAAGAUUGGUCGGUACGAACUGGUGCGUGAGGAAUAUGUUGAUGACAUCGACGGGUGGGAGAAGCACGUGUUUGUUCGCAGACCCAUUACUUAG